CAGUUCUCCUACUUUCCAUUCUCUAUCAAUAAUCAUCAUGGCAAACAAGAACAGCUCAGGGAAGGACGUUGUUGACGCAGAAGAGGCUGCUCUUCUAUCAGCGACGAAAGGGUUUGAUCUUCUCUUCUCAAACCGACUCGCGGACGCGCGAGAACAGUUUGCUUCGGAUGAUUCUCCGUAUCAUUUACUUGGACAAGGGAUUUGUGCGUUCAUGCAAGCGGCGCUAGGUAUGGAGACAAAUCUGAUAGGUGAAGCUGCGCGUUGUCUUAGCGAAUCGGAGGCGGGUGCAAAGAAGCGUAGCAGGACCAAUAUGACUGCAAAUGGUGGAAGGAGUUCGUUCCCUCCCGGAAUUGAGUUUGAGAUCUUGCAAGCACAUGCAAUUAUCCUGCAAGGCCUUGUCCAUGCAUUGAGUGCACAUUCGAGGUUCACGAAGCUGUAUAAGACUAUUUUCCCGACUGGAAUCGAUUCAUACAUCACUCCCGCAGCAACCCCUAUCCCUUCUCGGAGUCCGUCAACACAUUCCUUGGCUUCUACAGGCUCCGUGAGAUCCACUACGGAAACAGUCACAGUUUCCUCUGCGUCGUCUAAAGGAAGUUCGUUCUUGGGUCGGUGGGGUCUUUCCGCGUCGAAUACCUCCAAAGGUCCUCCACAGUCGGUGCUCGAACCGGAAGGACCAGUUGAAGAACUGAUUGUAUCCGGCGCAGCUUUCGGCUAUGGACUGUUCAACCUCAUAUUCUCUCUCCUACCUGCAAAAGUAAAAACUGUAGUUGGAUUAUUUGGUUUCCAACAUGAUCGGCGAUUGGCUUUGCAGGCGUUAGCCGUCUCUGCAGCGAGGAAGGACGUUCAUGCAUUUCUUGCUGGGUUGGCUCUUAUGUGGUAUCAUGGUGCCGUGCUUCACCUUUCUGGAUAUCAGGCAGACGAGGCACAUAUUGUGAAACAAUAUAAAGCUAUUGUUGAUAGUGCGAUAUCACGCUAUCCGGACGGUGCUAUGUGGAUAUUAAAUCGAGCAAAGAUUCUGCGGAUGACAUAUGAUCCGGAGGGCGCGAUUGCUGUUUUGCAGGAUGGGUUGCGGCCUGAGCGACCGGGUCAUUUUCAGCAGGCAGAUGCGCUUCUCGUUUACGAACUUGCGUGGACGCUGUUAUCUCAGCGACGAUAUGAGGAAGCUGCGGGCAUGUUUAUGCGCAUGACGGAGGUCAAUACUUGGAGUCACGCUACGUACUAUAUGAUUGCAGGCGGAUGCUAUGUAUCCCUUGGCGACCGCGUCAAAGCGAAGGAACUCUUUGACAAAGUCCCUUCAUUCCUGGAUAAGCGAAAGAUCGGUGGCAAGGAGAAUCCAAUGGAGAUGGUGAUUAGGAAGAAGCUUGCUUUCUACAAAGUGAAGGCGAAGAGAAACGGGUCGGACGAGACUGCUUAUGUCGAUUUCAUGAAGAUCAGCCCUACGGAAGAGCUGGCAAUAAUCUGGAACAUGUACCAACGCAUAACAAAAGAAACUGCAAUCGAACAUGUCAAAGAGCUCACAUCACUAUCACCACCCGUAGCCGUUACGACGAGUUCCUAUGUCAGCCCGCCCGAUGACGGGACCGAGAAGAAAUCCGCCAAGAACGAUCUCGAUACCCCUGAUGAGCUCGCAAUACGCUCACUCAUCCUUGGAAUCGUCCACCGCACACUUGAGGACUUUGCAUCCUCACGAGAUUUCCUCAUAGACGCACAAUCCCACCAGUCAGAAAUUGUUGACAGCAAAUGGGUUGGCGGGGUAGCAUUUUUCGAACUCGCAGUUUUAGACCUCAAGGAGCUCGAGUUCCGCGAGAAGACGAACCCCGAAUUAGACGCGAGCGAACGCAAGUCAGGGUGGGCGAAAGUGCUGAAGACGGCUAGCGAGAAAAUAGAAAGAGCAAUGUCUAUCAUUGGGAGUAGUGCAGAUUUGUCGUCUAGGUUAGAUAGUCGGGUGAAUAUGCUGCGCGAUGAGAUUGGAAUUAAGAGGGAGAUGCUUGGACUUUGAAUGGAACAUGCUUAUACGCUUAUACGGACAUAGAGCAGUGUAGAUUAAU